GCCAAGCUGGACAAGUCCAGUUCUGAGUGCUCGAGAACAGACUUUACAGAACCCGUGCACCUCGGACCCAUCCCAGAAGAACAGUAUGUAGGUGAAGGAACGGAGGAACCAGUGCCUCUAGCGCCACAUGCCCGCUACAGGGACGCAGAAACAAUCACAGAUGUUUGUAACAGCACAGAACUCCCUGAGGUGGAGAUUAUUAGUCUGUUGGAGGAGCAGUUACCGGUCUACAGGCUGAGGGCAGACAGUGUAUAUGGCUAUGAGCACGACGACUGGAUCCACACGCCUCUCAUCUCGCCCGACACACGCAUAGACCUCACCUCUGAGCAGAUUGAGGAGACCCUCAACUAUUUUUUGCUAUGUGCUGAGCGAGUGAGCCAGAUGACUAAGACCUACAAUGACAUUGACGCUGUCACAAGACUUCUGGAGGAGAAAGAGCGGGAUCUGGAGCUUGCUGCCCGCAUCGGUCAGUCCCUCCUGAAGAAGAACCGCGUACUGUCAGAGCAGAACGAAUACCUGGAGGAACAAGUGGGCACCAUCAGGGAAGAGGUGGCUCAACUACAUCAUGAGUUAAACCUAAAAGACGAGCUCCUGCAGUUCUACACUAAUGCAGUGGAGGAGAGUGAAGAGGGGUCUGGAUCGCCCACGGGUCAACAGGGAAGGGCAGGAGUUUCUGCUUGUAGCGGUUCAUCUCUGGAUAUUCUGCAGCAAAAACUUCGAGACCUUGAGGAGGAAAAUCUUUCUCUCAGAUCAGAGGCGAGUCAUCUGAAAUCUGAGACAGAGUCAUAUGAGGAGAAAGAACAGCAGCUGGUGAAUGACUGCGUCAGAGAGCUAAGGCAGUCCAGCAUCCAGAUCUCAAGUAUAGCUGAAGAGCUGGCCAGAAAGACAGAAGAUGCCUCUCGCCAACAGGAGGAAAUCACACACUUACUCUCUCAGAUUGUGGACCUGCAGAAAAAAGCCAAAACUUUUGCCAUUGAGAAUGAAGAACUUUCUCAGCACCUUUUGGCAGCUAAAGAUGCUCAGAGACAGCUCACAACCGAGCUGCAGGAGCUGGAGGAUAAAUACUCUGAGUGCAUUGAAAUGCUCCAUGAGGCUCAAGAGGAGCUCAAGAACCUACGGAACCGCAGCGUGUCUGCGGGAACUCCUCGACGCUAUCACCCUCUGGGACUUUUUCCCAUGGACUCCCUGGCUGCUGAAAUUGAGGGAACUAUGAGGAAGGAAUUGAGUCUUGAGAAUCCUGACAAUGAAGAACAGAGGGUCCGUCAUAAGCGUGUGUUUGAGACUGUGAAGAACAUCAACCAGUCUGUCAGACAGCGCUCUUCUGCUAAUUCUGCCACUAACAUUCCUGGGUCCAAUCAGACGCUGUCUUCUCUUAGGUCCACCCCAUCUGACAAUAGCAACAAUGCAGCGCCUGAUAACCGUACACAGAGCAUGCUCCACGAGACCGGCUCCUCAGAUGCUGCUGUGGACGCCUCUGAGAAACGACCUGGCUCUGAGGAGCUCAAGCUUGCUCUGCGGCGACUGUCUCUACGACGGCAGAACUGUCUGAGCGAGCGUCUCUUCUUUGAGGGGGAGCGAGAGAGGCGUAAUCGGGAGCCGGCGGACAGUGGAGAUUAUUCUAACAGACUUGUGCACAGUGAAAGCAUCAUGUCCCUGGGUGCUUGGGCCAGCCGCCCUUAUCUUCCUGACAAGCUCCAGAUUGUCAAACCUCUGGAAGGCUCAGCUACCCUUCAGCACUGGCAGCAGUUAGCUCAGCCUAAUCUGGGCGGUAUCCUGGAUGCUCGACCUGGUGUGGUCCCGAAAGGCUACCGUCCCUUGGAGCUGGACCUGGAGGAAGUAUAUCACUAUGCUGACUAUGAGGAGGACGAUCCUGGAGAGCAGUACUUCCAGAACCUUCCCACCACAAUCACAUAUAAUCCCAGUGUCCCUUCUGCCCAUAGCCUUGCCCCCUCAGCUUCCCCGUCACCAUGUCUCAGCACAGGUCAUGCUUCCAUAGAGUUCUCAAUGUAUUACCCAGGCAAAUGCAUGGCUCAUACAAGUUCAACCUACACCUUCACCACCUGCAAAAUCCUCCAUCCUUCUGAUGAGCUCACAAGGGUGACCCCCAGUUUAAACCCUGUCCCAACCUCGUCCUGCGUGAUGUCAAGCAGUCUCCGGUCGACGCCUGCCGCCACGCCCUGUACUCCUCGCCGAAUGAGUCUGUCCCAGUCACAAUCCUUCACCAACUUGCGGGACUCCACAAAAACCUUCAGCACCUCUUUGGGGCUGGUGCGCCUCCUGCAGGAGAGGGGCAUUUCUGCUGCUGUGUACCAGCCUCAGAGCUGGGACAGAGGAAGUGGAGGAGUCCUCUUUUCCACCUCAGUUCUUCCUCCUCCACCUCCUGACCCCCACCGCCCCACUACCCCACCCAAUUCCCCUACCCGUCGCACUCCUAGCCCAGGAUCGGUGGUUUCUGAUUCAGACACCUCCAUGCCUUUCUCUUUCAAAAGCCCAUCCUAUGAAAACUUUUUGGCUUCCAAGCCGGCACGGUCCAUUUUGAAAGAGGUAGCAGGGGUGUCCGGGGCUCAGGCUAAAGACUGUGAGAGCCAAACUGAUGUCAGUAUGUAUAAUCUCAAUUUGGUUGAUAAGCUAAAAAGGUUGGGGUUGGCAAGCCCUGGGGCUUCUGGGGCAACAGGGGGUGGGAUUCCAAGGCCAAGCCCGCUUAUAGGUCCUCUUGGUGGGCUUCGAAGGGCAGGGUCCCCCUUUAGUCCACUAAACGAAGGUAUGAGGAGGAAUCGGAGCUAUCCUGCUAUGGUUGGAGCCAGUAUGGCGAUGAAGGGGCCCGGCCCUCAAGGAGAUGAAAUGCUAUUGGCACCUAAACUACCUAAGCAAACAAGUCUCAAAUGAGUUAUGCAUAAUAAUGAAUCACACAAUCAAUAGUAGGACACUAACUUACUAACACAGAAGUCAUAACUUGUACAAACACACACUCUAACUUAAAGUAAUAAUUCACCAAAAAAUUUUUUGAUUCCAUCUUCAUUUGCUCACCGUCAUUCCAAACCUGUAUAACUUUACUAGAUAAAUUAUUUUAAAGAAUAUUUUAGCUGUUCAUACACUGAAAGUCAUUGGGAUCCAAAACUAUUGGACUUCAUUGACUUUUAUUGUAUGGACAAAAACAUUUUUCAAAAAAUCUUCAUACACAGUCAUACACAUUUGGAAGGACAUGAGAGUGAGAUAUGAGAAAUGAUGACAGAAUUUAAAUUUUUAGGUAAACUAUCCCUUUAAAAGCUACUUUAAAAACACAAGUUUAAAGUGUUUUAUCCGUGCUGAUGUUCUCUCCACACUAACUCCCUGAUUUGCCCUGUACAAUCUAAUGCGAUAUGUUCCCGUACCGAUAGGUACAUAGCCUUUGACCUCACUUUCACUUCCCAGUGCACAUGCAGGAAGGAAUAAACCAUCAAAAACCAACUGAACCGGAAAAUCUACAGUCACAUGUAUGAUUUGAUCACUAUAAAUUAGAACGUUAUCACGUUUGACAUGUAGUUUUUUGAGCUAAGGGUAUUUCCAGGAUAUAAUAAAAAUGUAUUGAUCCCGGAUCAAUGGUGUUCUGUCCCUGCUUUGGGCAACUAUAGAGAUGCGUUCUCUCUGGAUGCCUGCUGGUUUUGAAAGGUGGCGUUUGAGGCUGAUAAGUUGAUGCUGGCAGGGAGAAUAUGUAGGAUAGGUUUAAUCACUCACCUUGCCAACUCUCUUUUCUUCUGUUUUUCAGUUUAUAUCUUUUUUAGAAGAUAAAUCUUUAAUAAAGAAGUGAACAUUGUAGUUUUUUAUUCAGUAAGUGGAUGAUUGAAUUGAGGGUUGGCUACAUGGAUUGACUGAUUUCGGGAAGUGCUGCUGUCUAUAUAUGAAUCUCUACAUGUGGUUUUCUAUGAUAAAGCGAGUGCCUGUAUUUUAGUCAUCUGUCAUGCGAGAGUAUUUACUGAUUGAUUGGGAAAUGUUUGUGUAGCUGGAGAGCACUGUAAACUAGAAUGAGCACUGAGCACUUGUUUAAUUUCAAUUUUAUUGUCUUUCUUUAUUCAUUUACAUUGUUUUGUUGUUGAGAUGUGCACUUUGACGUUCUAAUGUGCUGUUACCACCUGACCUGUUUCAUAAAGUUUUUGAGAUUUAGUUUCUCUCAGGUAAAGGUCGUACAAGGGCAAAGGCUUAACGAUUAGUGACAACGCAUUGAUUUUUUUUU